AUGCGUGCUAUUCUGAUUAAGAAUGAUAAAGGACCUGCAGAAAAUAUGUACUUGGGUGAAGCACCGGACGUUGUUCCGCGUGCGGGUCAAGUUGUGGUCAAGAUCAAGUCGUUUGCCCUGAAUCGCAUGGAUAUUCUGCAACGCGAGGGCAAAUACCCUGUUCCCCCUGGAGCUUCAACAUUAUUGGGGGUCGAGUACUCUGGUAAUAUCUCUGCGAUGGCCGACGAUGUGACAGACUGGAAGUUGAAUGAUGAGGUUUUUGGACUGGCAGGUGGUGGUGCAUAUGCAGAAUAUAUCGCUGUCCCUGCGUCUCAUUUGAUACCUAAGCCGCCACAUCUCUCCUGGAACGAGGCGGCGAGCAUACCUGAGGCGUUCUUGACAGCGUAUCAAGCAAUCAUUUUGUACGGCGAGGUGGCUAAGGGUGCGAAUGUGCUCAUUCAUGCUGCGGCCUCCGGAGUGGGUAUAGCUGCUAUUCAACUUGCCCGGAAUAGGGGAGCUGAAAUAGUCAUCGCGACGGCCUCCACGAAGGAAAAGCUCGAUUGGCUUCGCUCGAUACCCAAUGGGGCCACCCACACUGUCAACUAUAAGACGCAAAAUUUCGCUACCGAAGUUGAAGCGAUUACGAACGGCAACGGCGUUGAUGUCGUUGUCGAUUUUGUAGGGCAAAGCCAUUGGCAACAGAAUAUAGAUUCGUUGGCUCGAGAUGGCCGCAUGGUCAUGCUCGGAAUGUUGAGCGGAACGAAAGUUCCCGAGUUUGAUCUUAAAGAUAUGUUAUAUAAACGGCUCAGGAUCCAGGGAUCAACGCUACGGUCACGCUCUUUAGAUUACCAGGCUGAUCUCAUUAAACGCUUUACGUCCGAUUUCUUGUCUGAUUUGACAGGUGAAAACGGGAAGGGUGCAGUCAAGACGUACAUUCACAAGGUUUACUCCUGGAAGGACAUCCAAGCCGCACACAAGCAUAUGGAAGAAAGCGCUAAUAUUGGGAAGAUCGUAGUUGAAGUCGAUUAA